UGCAGCGUAAGCGGGGCGGCCGGCCGUGCAGUACUGAAAAUGGGAGAUAUUGAGAAGGGCAAGAAGAUCUUUGUCCAGAAGUGUUCCCAGUGCCACACAGUUGAAAAGGGAGGCAAGCACAAGACUGGACCCAACCUGAAUGGCCUAUUUGGACGCAAGACUGGGCAAGCUGAGGGCUUCUCUUACACGGAUGCUAAUAAGAACAAAGGUAUCACCUGGGGUGAGGAUACUCUCAUGGAGUAUUUAGAAAAUCCAAAGAAGUAUAUCCCAGGAACAAAGAUGAUUUUUGCGGGUAUUAAGAAGAAGUCUGAGAGAGCAGACUUAAUAGCAUACCUCAAAGAUGCCACUUCAAAGUAAAAGUUAUCUGCUGCCUUAUUUAUUUCACAAAGGAGAUGGCAAUGGAAAUGUUUGAGAUUGGUUUUUAAAACUUUCUAUUUUUACAUGUACUGUGUCUAACCUUAAAAUCUGUCUCAGCCAUCAGAUAACAUUGCUUAUGGUGGGUCACUGGAGUACACACUUGUUUGGCAGCCCUUAACUUAAUGGAAACUAUGUAAUUGGGUUGAUUUAAAUGACUAAUGUUCAGUCAUACUUGAUCAUAGAAUUAAAAAAAAAAAAGCCAUUUCUUGCUUCUUCAUUGUUUUAAAAAAAUAAUCUAAGUAAUAGAAUAAUUGUCAACAGCAUAAUAGCUUUGACAGCCCAACUCUUCCACAAUAAAAAACAGGGUGGUUUUUCGGCAUCUUCCACCAUACGCCUCUGUUAUAUUACUUUAAAGAUUUAAAAAAACGAAACAAGAACACUGAAGACCCCAAACCCAAAAGAACAAAGGCUUAAAAAAAUAUUUUUCUAAAAUUAAUCAGUGCUAGGUGUUGUGGUAUAUAUUAAUCUGUCUAAAGCUUGCGAUAAGAAUGCACUUCAUCUGACUUAAGUACUAUUUGUGAAAUGGCAGUUGUGCCCAGCCACUUUUCUUUCAUCUAGGGGAAGCAUGCUACCUAAUUUAUCCAUGCAUGCACCAGUAGAGUAUAACUCCCCUUCAGAAACAUCUUCAGUUUUUUAAAUGUUAUUGAAACCCUUUGUUCAGUAAAUCAUCUGAAAACAACCAUUCUUGGUGUAAUGAAUAGAACAGAAAAACAUCCUGUUCUGGAAAUACAAGUACUAAAGACCAAGCUGAGAGUUAUUAAAUCUUCUUAAUUCAGCAGAAGCAUUCACCUCAAAUCUGCUACAGGUAAUUUCAGAUGAAGGGGUACAGGAAUGAAUGCGCUGGUAGACUAAAAGGAAACAGUCUUCCUCUGUGCCUGGCUGUAGCCGAUGUCAUUACUUCUCAACGUUCUGUUUCGCACAGUGUAAAGUGGUAUUUUUAAUGUUUAAACUGCAUUUUUUUCGUACUAAAUGAAUUGUUCAGGUGAGUGUAUUUACUGUGUACCAACAGUAAGGCAUAACUUGGAGCAAUCAAUACUGUAAAUUAAAAAAAUUAAAAGUC